AUGGCUUCUCCCUUGUUCUUGUGCAUCCUCCUGGUCGUAUUUGGCAGCUACGUUUCCAUUUCUGCCGCAGGCGACGAUCAUUUCAGACACAAGAUGUCUGCUCCACAUCGACAGGUACGAAUGCCGCGGCCAAACGGCGGUGCCGUGCCGGUAGUGCACAGGCACGGACCCUGCGCCAAGUCGCAGUCCACCGACAAGCCAUCUUUCGCCGAGGCGCUUCACCGAAGCCGCGUCCGCACAGACUACAUCAUGAGCAGAGCGCUGACCAUGCAGGAGCAGGAGCAGGAGCAGGACGAGGACAGGGUGAGCAUCCCGGCGCACCUGGGAACCUCCGUGGACUCGCAGGAGUACGUGGUCACGUUGGGCCUGGGCACGCCGGCCGUGGAGCAGGUCGUCCUCCUAGACACCGGCAGCGACCUGUCGUGGGUGCAGUGCGCGCCAUGCAACUCCACCGGGUGCUACCGGCAGAAGGAUCCCUUGUUUGACCCGCGCAAGUCGUCCACGUACGUUCCCAUCCCCUGCGGCUCCGACGUGUGCAACAGACUCCAGUCCGACCACUUCGACGAUGGCUGCACCAACGACGGCACCCAAUGCGGGUUUCGAGUCGAGUACGGAGACGGAUCAAAGACGAAAGGCGUGUACAGCAACGAGGCGCUGACGCUGGCGCCCGGCGUCGUCAUCAAUGACUUCCAUUUCGGCUGCGGAUACAAGCAGGGUGGCCCGAACGACAACUACGAUGGCCUGCUCGGCCUCGGCGGCGCGCCCGAGUCGCUCCCGGUUCAGACCUCCGCGGUCUACAGCGGCGCCUUCUCGUACUGCCUCCCGCCUGUGAGCAGCGGCACCGGGUUCCUCGCCCUCGGCGCGCCCACCAACACCUCGGCCUUCUCAUUCACACCCAUAACCCCCUUGAUGAACUACGAUACCUUCUACACGGUGAAGCUCACCGGUAUCAGCGUCGGCGGGAAGCAGCUCCGCAUCCCACGGAAGGUGUUCGAGGGGGGCAUGAUCGUAGACUGCGGCAAUAUCAUUACACAUCUGCCAUCCACGCCCUACGCCAAACUGGAGUCUGCGUUCCGGGCAGCCAUGGCAGCUUACCCGCUCCUCCCAAGCGACGAGGGCGACAUAUGCUACAACUUCACCGGAUACACCAACGUCACCGUGCCCAAGGUCGCUCUCACCUUCAGCGGUGGCGUCACCGUCGACCUCGAUGUCCCCAACGGGGUUCUGCUGGAUGGCUGUCUAGCCUUCACCGAGUCCGGCCCAGAUGAUUCUGUCGGGAUCAUCGGCAAUGUCCAAAUGAGGACGUUGGAGAUGCUGUACGACGUAAGUGGUGGUAGACUCGGAUUCCGGCCAGUUGCCUGCUGA